AGGAAUCAUUUCAAAGAUGGCGGUAGCUGAUGGACGACGCGAUGACGACGAAGACGGCGCCGCUCUCUUCGAGGAAGAAGGUGUCGACUACGCCGAAGACAUCGAUCUUUCCGAUAUACCUAUUCACCUCCGUCCCCUCGCCUCCUCCGCCGAGUCUGGCAACCUCGACGCCCUACGCCAAGCCCUAGAUGCUUUUGAUGGUAACAUUGAUGAACCAGUGGAAGAUGGUGAUACUGUUCUUCAUCUCACGUGCCUCUUUGGCCAUUUGAAUUGUGUCCAGUUUUUGUUGGAAAGAGGAGCUAACAUGGAAGCAAAGGACGAGGAUGGAGCAAUUCCCUUGCAUGAUGCUUGUGCUGGAGGCUAUCUGGAAAUUGCCCAACUACUUCUAAGCUCUGCUAAUGAUCCUGUCCGUGUGAACAGAAUGUUGGAGACUAUUGAUAUGGAAGGGGACACGCCUCUCCACCAUGCUGCUAGAGGAGAGUACACCAAUGUUGUAAGGUUGUUGCUUUCAUAUGGAGCUUCUCCAAGUACAACAAAUCUAUAUGGGAAGACUCCUGCUGAACUUGCUGAUGCUGGAACUGAAACUAGGAGCAUUCUGGAAGAGGCUCAAGGUGCUCUACUUCGCCAGCAGGCCUAGAAAUUAUGAUGGCACCCUCUACUGCAUUGCAUAUAAAGGAUUUUCUAGUGCAACUUACUAACUUGAAUUACUAGGGUCACCAUUGAGUUCAAUAGAUGAAAAUGUAUACCCCCUAUGAAAUGUUGCUACCCCCUAUGACACGAUCUGAUUUUGGUUUGAUGCGAUUCUUCUCCCCUCUCA